AGCGUGCCGAGGAUCGGGCGGCCGGCGGGCGGACCGUCCCGGCGGGGACCAUGCAGGCCCACGAGCUGUUCCGCCACCUGCGGCUGCCGGAGCUGGAGGAGCUGCGGCAGUAUGUGCGAAGCAUCCCCACCAACACGCUCAUGGGCUUCGGGGCCUUCGCCGCCCUCACCACCUUCUGGUACGCCACCAGGCCCAAAGCCAUCAAACCGCCCUGCGACCUGGCCAUGCAGUCGGUGGAGAUCGAGGGCGGGGAACACGCCCGGAGAUCCACGCUGCUGGAGAGCGACGAGCCCCUGACCUACUUCUACGAUGACAUUCGGACCCUGUACGAGGGCUUCCAGCGGGGCAUCCGAGUGUCCGAUAACGGCCCCUGCCUCGGCUUUCGGAAACCCAAUCAGCCUUACGAGUGGAUCUCCUACAAAGAGGUGGCCGACCAGGCGGAGUGUGUGGGCUCAGCCCUGAUCCAGAAAGGUUUCAAAGCAGGAUCGGAGCAGUACGUUGGCAUCUUCGCCCAAAACCGACCCGAGUGGGUGGUCAUCGAACAGGGCUGCUACGCCUACUCGCUGGUGGUGGUGCCUCUCUACGACACCCUCGGCGCCGAAGCCAUCACGUUCAUCGUCACCAGAGCCGAGCUCUCCCUGAUUUUCUGUGAUAAACCGGAGAAGGCUAGGAUGUUGCUGGACGGGGUGGAGAAGAAGCUCACCCCCGUCCUCAAAACCGUCGUUCUCAUGGACUCCUUUGACAUCGACAUUGUGGAACGAGGCAAGAAGUGUGGGGUCAACAUCAUCAGCAUGAAAUCCUUCGAGUCCCUGGGAAGAGCCAAUCGGCAGAAACCCAGGCCUCCGGCACCCGACGACCUCGCGGUGAUUUGCUUCACGAGCGGAACUACAGGCAACCCCAAAGGGGCCAUGAUCACCCAUAAAAACAUAGUGAGCGACUGUUCAGCGUUCGUGAUGAUGACAGAGUCUGUGCUCCUUCCUGACCGGGAUGAUAUUUUGAUUUCUUUCUUGCCCCUGGCACAUAUGUUUGAGAGAGUGGUGGAGACGGCGAUGCUCUGCCACGGAGCCAAGAUCGGAUUCUUCCAAGGAGACAUCCGCCUCCUUAUGGAUGACCUGAAGAUGCUGCAGCCCACCAUCUUCCCCGUGGUCCCCAGGCUGCUCAACAGGAUGUUCGACAAAAUUUUCGGGCAGGCCAACACGGCGCUGAAGCGCUGGUUGCUGGACUUUGCCUCCAAGAGGAAAGAAGCGGAGCUCCGGAGCGGCAUCAUCCGCAACAACAGCCUGUGGGACAAGCUCAUUUUCCACAAGAUCCAGGCGAGUCUCGGCGGCAGAGUCAGGCUGAUGAUCACUGGAGCGGCCCCCGUUUCUGCUACCGUGUUGACUUUCCUGAGAGCCGCCCUGGGCUGCCAGUUCUACGAAGGCUACGGGCAGACGGAGUGCACGGCCGGCUGCUCCCUGUCGAUUCCCGGAGACUGGACGGCCGGGCACGUGGGCGCGCCGAUGCCAUGCAACCACAUAAAGCUCGUCGACGUCGAAGAAAUGAACUACUUCGCGGCCAAGGGGGAAGGGGAGGUGUGUGUGAAAGGGCCCAACGUGUUCAAGGGCUACCUGAAGGACCCGGAGAAGACGGCCGAGGCGCUGGACAAGGACGGCUGGCUUCACACCGGGGACGUCGGGAAGUGGCUGCCGAACGGUGCCCUGAAGAUCAUCGACAGGAAAAAACACAUCUUCAAGCUGGCCCAAGGCGAGUACAUCGCGCCCGAGAAGAUCGAGAACGUGUACCAGCGCAGCGAGCCCGUGGCCCAGGUGUUUGUCUACGGCGAGAGCUUACAGGCCUUCCUCAUAGCUAUCGUGGUGCCAGACCCCGAGGCCGUGUGUCCUUGGGCCAAAAAGCGAGGCAUCCAGGGCUCCUACGGCGAGCUGUGUCGAAAUAAGGACCUCAAAAAGGCCAUCCUGGAGGACCUCCUAAGACUCGGGAAGGAGGCGGGGCUCAAGCCCUUUGAGCAGGUGAAAGGCAUCGCCCUCCACUCGGAGCUGUUCAGCGUGGAGAACGGCCUCCUGACCCCGACGCUGAAGGCCAAGCGCCCCGAGCUCAGGAAACAGUUCCGGCCGGAGAUCGACGAGCUCUACGCCACCAUCAAAGUCUAGCGCGGGCGAAGGCGGCGAGGGAGAGCCACGGCCCCUCCUCCCCCCCCCCCCCCCCAGCCGGCGUGGGGAGGGCGGGCGCGACCCCCCGACCCCGGGGGCCCGGCCAUAGGAAUAGCGAAGGGGGCGGCUCUGCCUUACUGACCCGGGCGCCCACCCCGCCUGCCGCCGACCUACCGUUUCCCAAACGAGCCUUAAAUUGUAACAGGGAAUCUCGCUUUAAGUGUGAUGAGUUCUUCGGACCUCCCUCGGCCCAGAAGGCCCGGGGUUGGGCCGGCCGCCCCCGUUUUUCCGACCGAGAAGAGGGCGGGGACGGGCCGGCGGCGCUCUUGUCGACGAGCCCGCUCCCGGCUCCGGGCUCCUCUGCGGCCGCCUGCCCCGCGGGGGUCCGGUACACUGGAAGGAACGCUCUCCCUUUGUCUCUCUCUCUUCUCGGCCUUUUUGUCCCGUUUUCUUUUCCUCAACCGCUCUGGAGAACGUCAUCGUGAUCUCGGUCAAACACUGGUUGGAAGACCCUCUCCCCCCAGCCGCUGAGCGGCCCGGCCGCCCCCCCCGGGGUCGGGUCGUCCGUCCCGCCGUCCCCACGCCGGGCGGCUUCGGGGACAGGACGCCAUCCCGACGGACAGGGUGAGCCCACCCCUCCCCGCCGUCUCCCAGCCCCGGCUCCGCGGCGAAAGCGAGGGUCCGAGGGGGACGGAGGGGCGGCCCAGCCCUCCCUGGCACCUUCCCGCCCUCGCCGGCGCCUGCCGGGCCUCAGCGGCGGAUACGCCCCCGGGUCGCGCCGAGAUCGCCCCGUCCCGCGGCGAGCCUGCCCCGCGGUGCCCCACGAAGGGGGCGUCCGGACGCUCGGGUCACAGCCGAUCGCGGGCCGAGGCGGAGGGGCUGGUCUCGGGCCAAGGCGACGCCUGAGGGCUGCGAUGGGGGGAAAGGAACCAAGUGCCUGCCGCCCGCGGCCUCGACCUAGGAGAGGCCCCUUCCCUUCCCCCGUCCCCCUUCCUCCUCGGGGUCUCUGGGGCCCGGCGGGGGACCGGCAGCGUGGGGGGAAUCAAGGGGGCGGCGUCUCCGUCCAUCCGCGGAGCCCCCCGCACCUGGCCGAAUCCAGUUGCCCCGUCCCCGGGCAGAGGCAAUCCCGUCUCUCCGAUCCCCGGAUGGCACGCGAUCGCCAAGCACGACAGGGUCAGCGCUAGAGGACCGUCACCGUAAUAACACUAUUCAGUAAUCUGACUUCAUCCGGGUGCCCUCGAUUGCACAACCGAGUCGGUAAUUUGUCCCAUUGGAGUUUUGAACGUUCGCUUUAAGUGUUGGCUAUUUCUAUGUUUUAUAAACCAAAACAAUUUCCAAAAACGAUGAAGGAAACCAAAAUAAAUAUUUCUGCAUUUCA